AUGCCCAAGGUCGGUGGUGAAUUCUCAUUUACGGCCGUCCCUGAAGAUCUUGGGCCGGAAUUGCUGGAAAUAAUCUGGAAACUCAGGAACGUAACACCUUCCUUGGAGUUUGGCCCGGCAUCUAGCCAAGAGGAGGCCCUUUGGCUUGAACCUGUUCUAACAGACAUCGCUUGUUUCCACUUUACCAUGUUCAUAUCGAAAAUGUAUCUCGAUUACCUCAAGGGUCACGCCGAUAAUACCCGGGAUGCUCUAGUUCACCACACCAAGGCUUUGAAUGUACUCCAGAGGCGCCUUUUGGCAGGAAACAUGGACAUUUCGACGUCUGACUCAACUGUGUUAACUGUUGUCGGCCUCACUACAGCGGCGUUGGCAUUUGGAGAUGCUGACAUCGCCCAAAAACAUAUGGUAGGCCUGCACAGGAUGGUCACUUUGAGAGGGGGUAUCUCGGCCUUUUCACACUAUAAACGACUACAAGCAAAACUGUGCCGUGUUGAUCUUGGCGUGGCUCUCAGCAUAGGAUGCGAGGCUCUUUUCUUCUCAGAGGAACUCUCAUGGAGCCCCUAUCUUCCUCCCCAAGCACGAAAGAAGGCACAGACAGUUGAGGAAGGAUCUUCAAGUCUUUUGAAUUUCCUUGGAGGUUUAGAUGCACGGAUAUGCCUGGUUUGGGACGACCUAAAGGCGUAUUCACAAGCAGCCAAUAUGGCAGCACAUUGCGGCCUUGAAAUGGACACUGUGCUUUAUCAAGAGGUCAUGGUGUCUAUCCACUAUCGUCUUACCCGUCUCAUAUUUGAGCCGGGUAGCAUAAACGAGACAAUACGCCUAGCCCUACUGGCUUUUGCCAGCUCUGUGUUCCUCCAAGGAGGUGGCGUCUGGGUCCGUCAUGAGCAUCUCUAUCGAUGUUUGAAGAAGAACUUUACCAGAGCCAAAGAAAGAAAAGAUGAUUUUCCUCCUCAGAUGAUGCUGUGGCUCUACGUCUUCUGUGUGGCUUUGGACGCUAACGAGCCUAGCCACAGCAGGCUCCGGCCUGGCCUGACAGAGCUCCUCCAGACCCAAGGAUUGAGUUCAUGGGGCGAGCGAGGGACUUUGUGGAGGAAAUGCUAA